AUGGCCAGUCUGGGUCUUUUCCUACAAUGUGUGACCUCUGUGAUCUUCUCAUUGGUUAUGGAGCGUAUGGUGUUGUGUAUCGGUGCCAGGAAGCUGUAUCUGAGCAGCGUGGUUCUGCUGGCUGUGAGUACAGCAGUUAUGACCAUAUCCAACAACAUUAUACUAGUCACCAUCAUGGCUGCUGCUACAGGAUACACCUUCUGCAUCCUGCAGAUUCUGCCGUACACACUCACAUGUCUAUACCACUCAAAUGCACAGGUCUUUUUCUCCACCGACAGGCACAAUUUUCCUCUCAGGGAGGAAGAUCUAAUGCUAGUCAGAGCAGAGUUGCUGUCCUCGACUAAGCAGAAAAGAACUAAUGGGUGCGUCAAUGGGUAUCCAGGUACGAUACCCUUCCAUAGCAAUAUACAAAAAUUACAAUCACUUGAUCUGCAUGUGUCUAUCACCAUGGACCCACAACCCUCAGCCCUCAGAGGCAUGGGCACAGACAUCGCCAUUUUAGACAGUGCCUACCUGCUGUCUCAGGUGGUCCCGUCCCUCUUCAUGGGCUCCAUCGUGCAGCUCUUCCACAGUGUGACCGCAUACAUGGCCUGUGCAUCUUUGUUGAGUCUGGUGGCUGUGUAUUUCUCCAGUAAGAUCGUCUUUGAGAAGGCGGAUAUUGAUGCAAGAUGAGAUGUUACCAACAGAGCAACAGAUUCUGGAUACUAGUGACAAAAACUGUAAAGGGCAGCUGGUUCUGUUUAGUAGUUUUGGAAAGAGCGAUGGCAAUGUGCAAUUAAAUGCUUUACAAGUAAUUUAUUGGGAAAAAAAACAUGGGCUAUAUGAUA